UAUAUUCACGUUAAUUUGGAAUUUUUUUUUAAUUAGAAACUCGCGUCAUAAAUGAUCUAUUAAAUAUUUUCACAAUUUAUCUUUAAUUGCAUCAAGUACAUUAUUUAGUUUACUCGGUUCCAAUCCUUAGUAUGUGAUUGUAUUUUGACCUCAAAUUUGAGCUUAUAGUUAAUGUAUGCUGUUACCUGCCAACAUGUCAGGAACAGCAUAUGCUGCAGAACAUGGCCCCACAUCUCCUGAUAAUGAAUUUUCUUCUAAUGAUAUUUCUUCAACUGGAAUUUUUUCCACUGAAUAUAGAAAACAUGAAGACUUGAAAAAUAUGCUUGAUGGCAAUAAAGAUGUCUUGAAACUGGAAGCUAUGAAAAGGAUUAUUGGAAUGAUUGCUAAAGGUAAAGAUGCAUCUGAUCUUUUUCCUGCAGUUGUGAAAAAUGUAGUGUCAAAAAAUAUUGAGGUUAAAAAACUUGUGUAUGUGUAUCUAGUGAGAUAUGCAGAAGAACAGCAAGAUUUGGCUUUGCUAUCCAUUAGUACAUUCCAAAGGGCUUUAAAGGAUCCAAAUCAGUUAAUAAGAGCUAGUGCAUUGAGGGUUUUAUCUAGUAUCCGAGUUCCAGUCAUAGUUCCCAUUAUGAUGUUAGCGAUUCGUGAUGCUGUGAAUGAUAUGUCCCCAUAUGUACGAAAAACUUCAGCCCAUGCCAUUCCUAAAUUAUACAGCCUGGAUCCUGAACAGAAAGAUCAGCUCAUUGAAGUUCUUGAAAAAUUACUAUCAGAUAAAACAACUUUAGUAAUGGGCAGUGCAGUUAUGGCUUUUGAAGAAGUUUGUCCAGAAAGAAUUGAUUUAAUUCAUAAAAACUACAGAAAAUUAUGCAAUCUUUUAGUUGAUGUUGAAGAAUGGGGUCAAGUAAUAAUAAUAAAUAUGCUAAUACGCUAUGGACGUACACAGUUUGCAGAUCCAAAUAAAUAUGAUGAUGGUAAAGAUGAAGAAGACAAACCUUUUUAUGACUCGGAUAACUCUCAUAGUAAGGAUGAGGAGGACAACAAAAAUACAAAAAAUUAUGUCAUGGAUCCUGAUCAUCGCCUGUUACUUAGGAACUGCAAGCCAUUAUUACAAAGCAGAAAUUCAGCAGUUGUGAUGGGUGUUGUUCAGUUGUAUUAUUAUUUAGCUCCUCGAUCUGAAGUCAAUAUUGUAGCCAAAGCCUUAAUUAGGUUGACAAAAAGUCACAGGGAAAUCCAGUCUGUUAUUUUAAGCACGAUAGCAACUCUUACUACUAGGUAUAAGGGUAUGUUUGAACCAUAUUUGAAGAGCUUUUUUGUGAGAUCUAGUGAUCCAACUCAUAUAAAAUUACUUAAGCUAGAAAUUCUAACCAAUUUGGCCACUGAAGGAAAUGUUUCUUUUAUUUUAAGAGAAUUUCAGUCUUACAUAUCCAGUUCAGAUAUGGAAUUUGUAAGUGCAACUAUACAGGCUAUCGGCAGAUGUGCCAGCUCAAUUUCAGAAGUUACAGAUACCUGCCUUGGCAAACUUGUUUCCUUAUUAUCAAAUAGAAAUGAAAUUAUUGUUGCUGAGAGUGUUGUUGUAAUAAAGAAACUGCUACAAAUGCAGAUUGCAGAGCAUAAAGAUAUAAUUAUUGAUAUGUCACGCUUAAUGGACAGGAUAACUGUACCAAUGGCUAGAGCUUCAAUAUUGUGGCUGAUAGGAGAAUAUGCUGAUAAGGUGUCCAAAAUAGCUCCUGAUGUUUUACGCAAAGUUGCUAAAACAUUUUCAAAUGAAAAAGAUAUUGUCAAGCUGCAGACCAUCAACCUUGCAGCCAAACUUUACUUAACCAAUUCAAAGCAAACAAGUUUAUUAGUUCAGUAUGUUUUUAAUCUUGCAAAAUAUGAUACAAAUUAUGAUAUUCGUGAUAGGGCACGAUUUUUGCGACAGUUAAUAAUGCCAGCUGGUGACAAGCCCACUUAUUUGUCAAAGCACGCUAAAAAGAUUUUGCUUGCUUCCAAACCAGCACCUGUAUUACAAUCAAAAUUUAAAGAUCGUGAUCGUUACCAGUUAGGAUCCUUAAGUCAUUACAUCAAUUCCCGAACAACUGGUUAUCAUGAUCUUCCGGAUUUUCCUGAGACUCCCCCUGAUCCAUCUGUCAGGAAUGUUGAAACCCAAAUGCCUUGGCAAGAGUUCAACGUAAAUAAAAAGAAAAAGAAGAAGAAAAUGGUCAAGAAAAAAUCUUUCUAUUCAGAAACUGAAUCUAGUUCUCCAGAAGAAGCUGUAAGUUCUGCCUCUGAAGCUGGUAAAAGUGAUGCAAAUGGAGAAAACUCAGCUUCUGAAUCUGGUUCAGAAGUAUCAUCUGAUUCGGAAAGUGGAAGUAGCAGUGGUAGUGAAUCUGAAAGUGAGGAAUCGGGCUCUGAAUCUGUUGAAAGUGAACCUGAAUCUAAAAAUAUUAUUGAUUUAGAACCUACUCCUGCAAAAGAAGAAAAGAAAUUACCUUCAAAACCUAAAUUGACAGAAAAUUCAGUACCUAAAUCAAAGAAAACUGUGAAUUCUAAACCUGAAAAAGUGAAGAAAAAGAAAGUAAUCUCAGAAUCUGAAUCCGAGUCUGAAAGUGAAUCAGAAAGUGAAGAAGAAUCUGAAUCAACAGAAUCUGAAGAGGAAAAGAAAAUUCCUUCUAAAAAGAAGAAAGAGCAAAAGUUAAAAAAAGAAGUUGAUUUGCUCUUGGAUUUAGAUGAUUUUUCAACUGAAGUUGUCUCAAAUCCAGUGCUACAACCAGCAGUAUUCACAGAUAUGCUCACACCAACGGCAAAUAAUUCCUUAAAGCCCACAGAAAAGUCCGAUUUGAUUAUUCCUAAUGAUUUAAAGACUAUAUCUGCUGUACAUGUGCCAGUUAAAGAGUAUGAACUUCUGAAUAAAUUUAAUGGAAAAGGUUUGUGUGCCUCAUAUCGCUUCACUCGUAGUCCUAAUUUAUACUCAUCUAAAAUGACAACAGUGGAAUUGAUGCUGCAUAAUACCUCUGAAAAAGAAAUAAGUGGAAUUCAUGUUCCAAAUACAAAAAUUGGAAACAUUGAAAUCCAUGGAUGUCUUGACAAUAGAACACUUCCUCCUAAUGCCAGAUGUACCAUAAGUAUAGGUGUUGAUUACAAUGAAAGUACUCAGCCAGCCAAAUUUGAACUUAAGACAAGUGAUAACACCUACAAUUUAACAAUUAAGGCUUCAGUUGGAGAAUUGAUUCAGCCUGUUUUGUUAUCUGAGGGUGAAUUCACUGCUGCUCAAAGUAAAUUAAAAGGCAUGAAUGAAAAUUCUGGAAAUGUUGAUCUGUCCUCUGGACAUUCUGAUGAAAAGGCCAUUAUUCAAUAUGUAUAUGAAGUUGCAAAUGUUGCACAAGUACAAAAUAAUGAUAUAAAUUGUAAAAUUAUACGAUUUGCAGGUCAGACACCUGCUUCCAAAUGUUUGGUCCUGAUUUCCAUCCAAGUGCUGGCUAAUGGUAAAGCAACCAUUACUGUGAACUGUGAAAAAAUGAUCAUUGGUUCUAUGUUUUUUAAAGAAUUAAAGGAUGCAUUAGUAAAAUGAUAAUAGUGGAAAUAGAAUUUUUUUAUGUAUGUAUUUCUUAAAGUGUUGUCUGGAUGGAGAGCAAUACAUUAUCAUAUGAAUAUACACAGGCUUUCAUAGUGUAAAAAUGUACAGGGAGAACUAUAUUUUCAUUAGUAAUUAUUUCUUAAUUGCUCAUACCUCCUGACAUAUGAAUUCCAUUUGCUAUUUUUGCAUUGAACUCCAUUCUAUUUUGUAGGGUUAAGUCCCAAAUCUAACGUUAUAUAAUUUGGUUAAUUUCUCUUUAUAUUUAAUUAUCCCAUGGCUUUAACUUUUGUGCAAUUUUUAUUAAAAUAAUGGAUUUCUUAUUGCCAUUCAUAUUUUUUUUUGACAUUAUCCUUCAUAAUAGUGUUGAAUAAUUAUAAAUUUAAUUGUGAUUCAUGUUAUCAAUUAUGCCAUAAAUUGUGAUGCCUCUUGAACUUUGACAAAGCAACUGUGCAUUACAUAUAAAUGUGAUAAAGAAAUUGUGUCAUGAAGUUAUCUUUAUGCUUACUAUUGUAAUAAAUAAAUCAUUUGUAUUCCACACUCAUUAUUCAUAAAGCUGUUUUUAAUAAUUAGGAAUGUUUUCAAGAUUUUCUUUUAGUAUCCAAUAGAAGUUAAGAAUUUAUGAUGCAUGAAUAUUGUAAUAAUAUUGUCUGUACAUGAAUUUUGAAAUUACCAUUACUAAUUGGUGAGCAUUUGCUACAAUAAUUAAGUUGUUUUUUUACCUAUUUAAGUUAUGUUUUUUGUAAACAUUUCAAGUGAUUCAGGUUUUCCUUAAUAUAAAUGCUUAUUCAUAGACUUUAUAAGGGAAAGUAAUAAUUAUUAUAAUAAAAAAUUCACAAAUAUAGUUUAAGAAUUUUUUUUUUUUUUUUUUUUUACAUUCUAUGGAUUUCAGCUUAGUGUUAUCUUUUACUAUCAAUUUUUUUAUAUUUAAGUUUAAAUUAUUUUUAAAAAGUUUUGUUCUUAAUUAUUUAUAUGUAUAUAUCAAUUAAAUUGGGGAAAAGAGAUUUUGAAGAAAGAUUUUUUCAUAAGGUGGGGGCUUGGAUUAUGGAUUAAAUUUGUUUUCUAACCAUACACUGCUUUGAAGAGUGAAAUGCACAGAUGUUUCAUUAGCUGAAAUAAUAAUCCAGUAUUUUUAUCUCGCUCUCUUCUAUAUGUAUUUUUUUUUUUUUUUUCGUUUAUGGAUAAAAUGUAUAUUUUGUGCUUAAAUAGAUUUUGAAUUUUUUGUUUUGUGUAUUGUCCCAAGAUUGUAACAUAAUUUUUAUUCAGUAUGUUUUUAUAUGCGUGAUCAUGACAUUUUCAGAUUGCAUAAAAAUCAAUUUGUGAAACAUCAAAAUGUGGUAUAUGAUUCUUUUGUAUUUAAUAAAUGAAAAAAAAAAUAUUUAACUUUUGUUUAAAUGUGUGUACUAUGCUUGUUGUGUAAUGCUA